ACAACAUACUUAAAGUUACAUUCCAGUACACACAUCGACAGGCAAAGCCAGGAAAGUGCCACGUAUCGUGUAUCGUGUUCUAAAAACAGCGGCAGUUUCUAACGAGCAUUGCCGCGAGUAACAACUUAUCGUCUCUUCAAGAGUCAACUGGCUGAUCAACGAUGGCUAUGUCCGAGCAUGAACGACUGUACACUCCGAGCGAAUGGAGCAAACGAUACAAAUCUGAGGAACUGCUCGAGCGAUUCUUUAAAUUCUGCGAGGAAGUUACGGAAAAGACUCGAAAAACUGUUGAGUGCGAGCUCAAUGUACCAUACGGCCCUACGGAGCGUGCAAAGUACGACAUAUACGGCACCGAUUUACCGGAAGAUGCACCGAUAUUUGUGUUUAUCCACGGAGGAUACUGGCAGGAAUUCAGCAAGGAUCUCGCUGGGUUCUCGGUACCCUUGUUUGUUAAAAACAAAAUCAAAGUAAUAACAGUUGGAUACGAUUUGUGUCCGAAUGUCCGAAUUGGAGAUAUAGUAGCGGAGAUAAAAUCAGCGGUCGCGCAGAUAUUAAAAUAUGCGGCUGAUUCAGGCUCCAAGUACGUGUGCAUCGCUGGACAUAGCGCCGGAGCGCAUUUGGCUGCGUGUCUAUUGCACGAUGAUGAUUGGAUCGAUGACAUGAAACAGCAAGGAUAUUUUGCAUUAUUAAAGGAAAUCAUACUGAUAGCUGGCAUUUACUGCUUAGAACCUUUAGUUGAUAUCAGUUUCGGAGAAGCCCUUAAACUGACUGACGAAGAAAUUAAGGCAUUUAGUAUUUCUACUCUCAAAGAAGCAAAAGGCCGUCGUAUCAGUGGCUUGAAAGUUACCGUAAUCGUAGGUGAUUGCGAUUCUCCAGCGUUUGUAGAUGAAUCGCGCAAAUACGCCCAGAAAAUUAUUCCCAUUGUGGAUAACGUGGAAUACUGUUUACUUCAAGACAUCGAUCAUUUCGACAUAGUAGAGAAACUUCUGGAUUCGAACCAUCACCUCGCUAAAUUGAUAUUGAAGUGUCUCCAACCGGAAGCGAAUAAUUAUUAAAUGAGUAUAUGAACAGUUAAAAGGGACCAUUACUCGUCAUAAGGCAUUGUUCAAUAUUCGUUAAAAAUUAAUAUUUUCUAGAAAAUAUUUAUUAAGAAUUAUAUUAAUUAUAUUAAUUAUAUUAAUGUAACUAUAUAUUUGGCUUAACUAGAAAUGUUAUGUAUAAACAUUGAUUAUACAACAUAAAGAUUGAUCACCUUAUCAA